AUGGUGCCAAUGGCGCUGAUAAUGGGACACAUAAUGGGGUACUAUUGCAAAAUUACGAAUUUAACAAACAUGCUGAAACAUUUGACCGAUUGGCGCGCACCGAUGACGGACGAUUCGGAGGCGGGUCGGCGGGCGCGCGCUCCGCCGGCGCCGCCACCGCGCCCGAGCGUGCGCCCCGAGCCGCGCCCGCGCCUCAUCCGCCCCUCCGAACACCUGGCCCUGGUGGAGCAGGCCCGGGAGCGGGAACGGCGCCCGCAUCCACUCGUACCUUCGGUCACAGUGGUGCAAGGGCCUACGUCCUUUCAAAGCCCCAAAAUAGUGCAAGGAGGGUCUUUACAAGGACCACCUAUGGUGCAAGGGUCAUUACAGCAAAGGCCGUCACUGGUGCAAGGAGAACCCUUACUACAAAGGCCGUCGAUGGUGCAAGGAGGGCCUUUGUUACAAGGACCGCAUGUGGUGCAAAGAUCAAGGCCGUCAAUGGUGCAAGGGGAGCCUUUACUACAAAGGCCGUCGACGGUGCAAGAAAGGCCUUUGUUACAAGGUCCGCCAAAGGUGCAGGGGCCCGCUUUGCCGGGUCCGAGGCCACCGCCCCCGCCUCAGGUCCCGAGGCUGUAUGUACCGCCUCCCACUCGUAUGCCGGCUCCGGUGUCGAAGGCGCAUCCUGUUUCGAGGUUGCCGCAGCCGAAGAGAGAUAUUCAGGUACCUACAGUUCAAAAACCACAGGUGUUGCUGUUGUAAAGUAUAGGUGUUCUUAUCAUAUCUAUCGAUUUUUUACGUACAUAUAACACAAAGGAUUUUAUUUUCUUGAAAACAAGUCAUACAAUAAAACGAAAAAAAAAAACUGUAAAUAUAAAUCGUCGUUUAUUCUCAAAG